GCACCGAGGCGAGGAAGCGGGGUAGUCGGGGGGGGGGCGGGGAAGAGAGCGAGAGGCACCGAGAGGGCGUGUCCCGAAGGGGGCGUGUCCCGGGAGUCCGGUGGGCGGGCCCGGAAGGAGAGAAGGCAGCUUUUGGUGGGCAACGGUGGCGCCAUGGCUGGGCCCCUCCGAGGUCUCCGGCGGUUGCCUGCCCUGCUCUGUGGGCCCCCCUGGCAAGCCCCCCCAAAGCCCAGGCCCCUCCUGCUGCUGGGCUCCUGGGAGGGCUGGGCCCUUGAGACCCCACAAGUCAGGACCCUGGCCACGAAGAAGGCUAAAGCUAAAGGGAAAGGUCAGGUCCGUGUGAACAUCAACACCUCCUUGGUGGAAGAUAUCAUCAACCUAGAAGAAGUAAACGAAGAGAUGAACUCAGUGGUCAAAACUCUGCAGGAAAAUUUCAACAAAACCUUGAGCAUCAGAACCAAUCCAGGGGCUCUCGAUUCUAUCACAGUUACUACCAAAGAUGGGAAAUUUCCAUUAAACCAGCUUGCGCAAAUCUCCCAACACUCUGCGCAGCUCCUUGUGGUCAACAUGAGCAGCUUCCCAGAAAGCACAGCUGCAGCCGUCAAGGCAAUCCAACAGAGCGGGAUGAAUCUCAACCCGGAAGCGGAUGGGCUGUUGAUUCGCGUGCCAGUCCCAAAAAUCACCCGCGAACACAGGGAGAACUUGGUCACGGUCGCCAAGCAGCUCACCCACAAGGCCAAGGAGUCUCUGCGCAAAGUGCGCACUGGGGCCGUCAACCAGACGAAGAAAGCCAAAAGCACCACGUCGGAAGACAUCAUCCGACUGAUAGAGAAGCAGAUUCAGCAAAUGACAGAAGAUGCCACAGCCGAAAUGGAGAAGCUAUUGGCAGCCAAGACGAAGGAGCUGCUUGCCUAGAGUCUCUCAGAGGUCACCACGAGCUCCUUUCUUCUGGCUAAACAGCCAGGGAGCCCCACCAGUGGCUCCACCGCAGUGGUUUGUCACCUGCCGGAACCAGAAUUGAGGAAGGAGGCUUAGCCUUGGGGUGGGCUGGGAAAAGAGAAUUUGGUUCCCCGGCAACUGGUAUCUCAGUUCCGUUGCCGAAAGCACAGCGUGGACCAGAAGCCAUUUUGGAAAAAGAAGGAUCACAAACCAUUAUCGAUUAAAUGGUCUGCUGUGCCUUUGCUGCCUGGCUUUGGGGGAGCAGAGGGUGCUAAGGCCCUCAUAAAUCUGCCAGGAAUCUCGUAUAUCAAAUAAAGCAAGUCUGAAUGAU